AUGCAUUUCACAGCGGCCAUUGACCAAAGAUUCUACAAGAGCAAAGAGAUUGAUGCAGUGGGGGAAGAUAGCGAAAGCGCCCCUCCUGGACUGUGGGCCCUUGGCCAGAGACCAGCCAUGCCGUACCGAGGUGCCACCCUCUUCAUUCUUGAAGCGGCCCUGCAAGAGUUCUUCCGCAAGCUGAGCCGCGAGUGCGAGAUUAAAUACACUGGCUUCAGAGACAGACCUCAUGAAGAAAGGCAGGCCAGGUUUCAGAAUGCUUGCCGGGAUGGACGGUCUGAGAUAGCUUUUGUGGCCACAGGAACCAAUCUGUCUCUCCAGUUUUUUCCGGCCAGCUGGCAGGGGGAGCAGCGUCAGGCACCAACCCGAGAAUACGUUGACUUUGAAAGAGAGGGAGGCAAGGUCUACUUAAAAGCACCUAUGAUUCUGAAUGGUGUUUGUGUUAUUUGGAAAGGCUGGAUAGAUCUCCAAAGACUGGAUGGCAUGGGCUGCCUAGAAUUUGAUGAAGAUCGGGCACAGCAAGAAGAUGCAUUGGCACAACAGGCUUUUGAAGAAGCUCGGAGGAGAACUCGUGAAUUUGAAGAUAGAGACAGGUCUCAUCGGGAGGAAAUGGAGGCAAGAAGACAACAAGACCCUAGCCCUGGAUCAAACCUAGGAAGUGGCGAUGAUCUCAAAUUGCGUUAAGCGAAGCAAUUGCUGUGCCAUACGUGCUUUUCAGAGUUGGCAAAUGAUGGAGUUAAAAGACCAGAAACUGUGAUAACUGGGUAUAUACUAGAGUCUAUUCCCUGACCUGCGGCAGCCAAAUUAUCAUGUCCUGCCAUGGUUUGCACUAUGUUUGUGUUGCAUUACCUGCAUUUCGGUUCUUUAAACAUGUCACCAAUGGGAAUUUGAAAUUCUUGUUUUUCUAUGCAAGCUUACAAUUGUGUUGGCACUAUUUUAGUGAAGACAGUUACUUUUAUGCAGCUGUAGCAACAGUUCCUCAACUAGUAAUAUUUUUUUUUCUUUUCAGAAUAGGUCAAAAGAUUGGAAAAUGUUUUUGCGAUUUUUUAAAAACCAAAACUUUCUAAAAUAAUUUUUGUAUGGGAUUUUUGGAAGUUAGUUUGUCAUUGUGUUCUUGCUUUUUAGACAUGCGCUCGCUCUCUCUGUCUCUCUGUCUCUCUGUCUCUCUCUCCCCCCCCCAAACUUGCAAAAUGUUUUCCUUUUUGCAUUAUGCAACCAAAUAUUUGUAACAGUGUUGACGAUUUAUUGAACUACAUGUUUUAUUUUUUAGAACUGCAAAAUCCCAUGAUCUUGUUCAGCGUUUAAGUUAUGUUUCAGAUGGCAAAACAGCUAUUGCUAUUUUAAUCUGCGCACUGUUGUAGAUUCUACUCUGCAAUUGUUAGUUGUCAGUUAAUACGCCCCCACUGGCCAGCACAGAACUUGGUGCCUCGAAUGUUAGACCUGUUCCUGCCUAUAUUUGAUCCACUGAUUCCAAAAAUGGCACCACGCUUUCCCUGUCAGCUCCAGUUUUUGAGAUGCAGCAUAAAUGCUAUAUACCACUCUUCACUCUGGCACCCUUCAAAAAUCAGGAUAUUUUAAUGUAGUGUUUUAUUUAAUCUGCUUAUAGUAUGAAAGAAACACAUUAAAAAUUACAAGAAAAGUGAAAUACACUAAAUCUACUUAUUUCAAACCAAAAGCACAGGUUUAUGAUGCAAAGGUUCCAGCCAUUCGACACAGAAGCAGCUCCUUUCGUAAGAUAUCCGAGAAUGGGAUCUGCCAAGACAAUCCCACAUAAGUUUCCAGCAGUGAUGUGCCCUCAUGUGCACAUCCCAUCUUCCUUGGCAUCUGCCUUCCAUUGUUUUUAUGUCUGGGUGAAAUCUUUUCCCUUGCCCUUCGCUUAAGUCACCAAGAUUCUCUGGAAAGUGAUCUAAGUGACUGAACAGAUAAUGGAUUUUCACACUCAUUUUGCAGCGAAGGCUGUUGAAAUGAAAGAGCAUCUCUCUACUAAUUGAGUUUAGUUGUCUACCUUCCUGUUGCCAAGGAAGUUUUUCACAACAAGAACAAAUAAAGACCAGGCACAAGAUUCGAUUUCAUUCAUUAAUUCUAUGAAAUGUGGGUCAUUUAUGAGCUGUCUGAUCUGUGGCCUAUCGAAAAGUCCCGCCUUCAGUUUUUCCAUGGUAAGUCCAGCUAAUGAAAUGAAACAAUAUGAGCGGAAAUAGACACAUGCCUCCUAUAAGAGCAUAACUCUAAUGCAGUUAAUAAAUUACCCUUCAGAAAUCCAGUGUUUCUGAUGUAAAAUUACAGUUGGAAGUAAUGUAAACACUUUUACUUGUACACAAAAACACGAACUAGGUAGCAGAAGAACAAGUUGAUCAGCAAAAUCUGUUCAAAAACUGACUAAAAAUUACACACAUUUAACCAUAUCCAAGAAACUAGAGCUGAUGCAGUCUAGCCAAUGCAGUUUUCUGAAUCAGCACUCCAAAUAACCCCAAGAACAGGUCUAAAAAUCAAGGCACCAAGCAUUUGUGGGGGGGGGGUUGGGCUGUGUAACCUUUUGAAACUCAUUGUAAACUGACUUUCAUUUUAUUCAGGGACUCUAAACCUAAAUCUAAAAUGGAACACCAAAAUUUUAUGAGUAGGUUUUACAGUAUGUUAGGCAGAGAAUAAUGGUGUUACCUUCAACAAUCAUGUUGAAGUCUCAUUGAACUGUUUUUAUAUCCUAUUCUUAUUUUAACUUGACUAGUAACAUGAAUUGAGACAUUUUAAUUGUAUGCAGGAAGUCUCAUACUGGCUGAAAGAUGCCUUGGUGUUUUCCGUAAAAAAUGUUGUUACAGUAUUUUCAAAUAGGGUGAGAUUGGGAUAAAAUAAAUAAAAUAGUAAUUGUUCACUUUUGCAGAUGAUUCUUCCCUCUUGACCCUGUUACUCGGCACAGCACUGCUCACGGUGUGUUGCUUGCAGCAGUUCUUCCGUUUAUCUUGUCCGGCCAAUUUUAGGGAGGAAAAACAUUUGAGUGAUCAGUUCAGGACUUUUAAACAGCAGCAUCCAUUUUGUUUUUGAAUAUUUGGGUACUGCCAUAUGCAAGGGGAAGCUGCUCCCCCUACUUGCCAAGUUGCAAUCCUCAAAUUCCCAACUUGGGUUUCAAGCCACAAGUACCUAGCCCCUGAAGAAUAUGAGAUGUAAGCCAAAAUGUGCAGGCACUGUUCUGUUUGUUUGUAUUACGAAAAACGCUUGCCUCCCACCUCAGAGGGUUUUUUGCCAAUGGAUGAAGGUCAUUGCUGUGACAAAUACUUAGGAAAGCAAAGUUAGCUAUAUAGACAGAAAAGUACAAAGUGACACACCCAUCAUCUGGGGAAGAAACGUCCUGAAUAAUUUUAAAGGCAGGUGGAGUAGUCUUCACUCAUUGAGAAGUGAGUGCUGCCCCAUAGAAGCCCUUUGGAAAGCCGGGUUCAGGCUGGGCUCUGGUUGGGCAGAAGUAGGUCUUCCCCAAAAGCAAAGGUGGGUGCAAAAACAGCGAUUUAUGAAUUUCCUAAUUCAUAUCUUACGGCAUAUCCAAGAAGGUGAUUUUUUUCCUAGUGUAUAAGCAAACUAAUUAAGUAGAAUAUGGCCCUUCUGCAGGUUUAUCUAGUCCUCUGGCACAAAAACAUGGGGAGGGAUGGCUGUGGAUUUGAUUACAAAAGUAGCAGAAAGGGGCUGCUCAUUGUCUCAGUUUCUCAGGAAAAUGUGAGGAAGGAUGCAGGUGGGAUGGUUUCUUUUUAAAAGCCACUGAAAGGGAAAGAAUUGACCUCACAUCCCUCAGUGCCGCUGCUGCAAUAGUUUUGUGUUCCCUACACCAGUCCUGUGGCAACGACACAGAGCUUAAGUCUCAGGGUUGUUAAGCUGUGCUUUAAAAUGCUGCAGGGGGGACUUGUUAUCGCCGCCCUACCUGGUCAUGUCAUUAAUGGGCAAUUUGAAUUUCCAGACCAUGUACCCACAUGCAGUGAUCACUCAGAUCAGCAAAGCAACUUGGAAAAGCCAGAUUGUUUAUUCAGUAUGAAAUGUUUUAUGGAUUUAAAUGUCCAUAAAUUUAAAUUUACAUACGUUGCAUUUGUAGAAGCCUCCCUUCUGAAAUAGUCCUGCAGAUGCCAGUGUGAUAAGAUGCAUUAUUCCUUAUUAAUGGUAAUAGCCAAACUCACAACAUUACAAAUGCUUGUAAAAUUUGAAAUAGCCGAUGAAACUUCUUUGUGCAUAGCAACCUGAAUUUUCUGUAUAAUCUAAUGGUUGUUUAUUGGUACUGUUUCCAAAGAGGUUCACUAAAUAGAAAUGUGGUGUUGUCACAUUUCAUGUUCUAAAUUUUAAGAUUCUGUGCAUGUCUUCCUUGUUUUAAAAAACAAUGGUCGAAAAAGUUUUUUGUUGAUGGUCUGUUCUAACCUGAGGUGUACUUGUAUUCUGAAGGAGUGUGGUGUUACCUGGUAGUUUUAACCCACAACAUCCUUUAACCCUAACCAUGGACUACACCAGCUGGAGGUGGUGGGAGUUGUAGGCCAAAACACAUUGCCUCUCCCCAUAUGGUCAAAAGAACAUAAAUUAUGUUAUUUCAUAUAAACUUCUGCAGUCUGUAACUUUUUUCCUGUUUUCUAGAAUUACGCUGUACUCCUCCGACAGUCUCCUUGGUGUAAUAAGCGUGUUGGCCCUCUCACGCUUCCCUUCCUACUGUGAACAAUCCGACCGGAAGGCCUCCAAUCAUAAUUUCCCAUUUUGUCCUGAGAGGCUACAGUUACCCACUUAGGAACAAUCAAGAAUUAAAAAUCAAUUUCAAACUAUGGUUUAGUAUCCUAGCUCUUUGAGAUGUUGGCAACUAUAUUUUCUGGUUCAAGUGAACAGGGAAAAUGAUUGAUUAAGAGGCUUGAGGUUUGAUUGUUUGCAGUAUGAAAGAAGUAGCACACGAGCUGUUUGAGCAAGCAAAGUCUUGCUCACAUCUAAGCUUAUUAAGCCAAGAUUUGAUUGUCUGACCCAAAUCACUAUGUCUUAAUGCUGGCAUUAAGAUCACAAGCCCCUUUUCCUCCGCUAGUAAGUGCAGAUCUGUUAAACUUAAGACAUUAAGUUAUUGAUGCAAUUUGAUAUUUUUUUCAUAAUUCUAUUUAAACAGAAGUUGCAUCAUCCUUGAACUAAUCUCUUUAAGAGUUGCCUUAAGCUUCCAGAUUGCUUUUGCUAUCUUUUUCUGUUACGUUAACUAUGUUCAAAAUAAAGUUCUGUGUAGUGAAA